AUGGACCACGGCGACGUCCUUGUCCGCCAGCACAACCGCUCUCUUGUGGGGCUCCUCCGCAGCGGUCGCUUCUCUGCCGCCCGCCGCCUUUUCGACGCGCUUCCUGCCCGCUCCGUGGUCACAUGGAACUCGCUCCUCGCGGCGCUCUCGCGCCGCAGUGACGUGAGAGCUGCGCGGUCCUUCUUCGACGCCAUGCCGGUGCGAGACAUCAUCUCUUGGAACACGCUCCUUGCUGCGUACGCUCGAUCGCUGCAACCCGAUCACCUCGCCGCCGCGCGCCGUCUGUUCGACGAGAUGCCUCAGCGCGAUGCCGUCUCGUGGAGCACACUUCUCAGCACCUACACACGCCGCGGUCUCAUGGAGGAAGCCCAGAGGCUCUUUGAUGAGAUGCCACAUAGGAAUCCGGCUUCUUGGAAUACCAUGGUCACGGGGUUCUUUGCUAUUGGCCAAAUGAGGAAGGCACUCAAUGUGUUCGAGGCAAUGCCUGUCAAGGACUCUGCGUCACUCUCUGCAAUGGUCUCUGGUUUUAUCAGGAACGGUUGGUUGCACGAGGCUGAUGAGCUGCUUACAAAGCGCUUGAGGGCAAUGGACAUGGACAAGGCUGUUGAUGCUUUCAACACCCUUAUUGCUGCAUAUGGACAAACUGGGAGGGUAACUGAUGCAAGGAGGUUAUUUUCUAUGAUUCCAAAAACACAGAGCCAGCACAAGGGGCAUAAGAGGAGGGUGUUUGAGAGGAAUGUUGUGUCGUGGAACUCGAUGAUGAUGUGCUAUAUCAGAACUGGAGAUGUUUGCUCAGCUAGGACAUUGUUUGAUGAGAUGCCAUAUAAGGACUGGGUGUCAUGGAACACUAUGAUAUCAGGGUACACUCAAGUCUCAGACAUGGAGGAGGCAGAGAAGCUGUUUUGGGAAGUGCCAGACCCUGAUGCAGUGACCUGGAAUUUGAUGAUACGAGGGUUUACACAAAAAGGGGAUGUGGAACAUGCUCGGGGAUUCUUUGAUAGGAUGCCAGAGCGGAGCACCAUCACGUGGAAUACAAUGAUAUCGGGUUAUGAGCUAAAUGAGGAUUAUAAUGGUACAAUCAAGCUAUUCCAAAGGAUGCUAGAAGUUGGUGAGAGGCCUGAUCAUCACACUUUAUCUUCAGUUCUAGCAGCAUGUGCGUCACUUGCCAUGUUGCGCCUUGGGGCUCAGCUCCACCAACUUAUUGAAAAAUCAUUUCUGCCAGAUACGGCAACCAACAAUGCACUUAUGACAAUGUACUCCAGAUGUGGUGAACUAACCAGUGCAAAGGCCAUCUUCAGCCAAAUGCAUACACAAAAAGAUUUAGUUUCUUGGAAUGCACUGAUAGGAGGUUAUGAGCACCAUGGUAAUGCUACAGAAGCGUUGCGCCUGUUUGAGGAGAUGAGGAGUGCCAAGGUUAUGCCAACUCACAUAACUUUUAUUUCUCUCCUGAGUGCAUGUGGAAAUGCUGGCCUUGUCUCCGAAGGCCGGGUGGUUUUUCAUACCAUGGUUCAUGAGUACGGCCUUGCUCCUAGGGUUGAGCACUAUGCUGCGCUUGUCAAUCUCAUAGGGCGACAUGGCCAGCUUGAGGACGCAUUGGAGGUGAUCAAGAGCAUGCCAAUUGCUCCAGACCGAGCUGUGUGGGGAGCAUUCCUGGGAGCCUGCACUGCUAAAAAGAAUGAAGCGCUGGCUGAGGUGGCUGCCAAUGCAUUAUCCAAGAUUGAUCCUGAGAGUUCUGCUCCAUAUGUUUUGAUGCAUAACUUACAUGCCCAUGAGGGGAGGUGGGGAAGUGCAUCUGUGGUUAGAGAAGACAUGGAACGGCUAGGGAUUCACAAGCAUCCAGGCUACAGUUGGAUUGAUCUGCACGACAAGGUGCAUGUCUUCAUCUCAGGGGAUACCUCGCAUCCCCUUACCCAGGAGAUUUUUUCAGUGUUAGAAUGUUUUUAUAGGUCAUGUAGAGAUUGGAGCUAG